UUUUUAUCUCCUCAAGAGCGCAGGUAGAGCGAAUCACUUUUCUGCCGGUCUGUCACGAUUGAAGCAAAUUCAUUUUUACAAAAUGAUUAAUUUUUACAUUCUUGGAUGUUAUGCGGAUUACAGCACUGGCUUUAACGUCGUUUUAGUGUAAUGAAUAACUGAAAACAAACUUUUAUAACAGCUUUAAGAAGCGCUUAAUGCAGUAACGGUUACGUGAAAAAGAUGUUUUAUUUCACAGCCAAGGCAUCUAUUUUAUGCGUCUAGUUUCUAUUUAUUUAUGUUUUGCACUUAUGGUUAGUCAUGGAAAGGAUUAUGUCAUAACAGCAUUCUCGUAAAAAUGGGAAAAUGGGAGUUGACAAUGGAGCCUGUUCAGGAGUGGGGUGAGGAGCAUGAAGAUGGGGCGGUGUUCGGGGUCACCCUGCGCAGGGAGCCCGUUCAACAGACGGAUGAGCCCACAGAGGCGUUUGUACAGUACAGAACGUGUAAGGUGCGCAGGUUAAAAGCGGCUACGCUGGACCGGCUGGUCGCUCACCUACUGGAGCCCUGCUGUCAGGAACAAGACUACGGGAGGAUACUGCUGUCCACGUAUCGCACCUUUACCAGCUCCAGCAAACUUAUUGAGACGCUCUUCCAAAGGGACCAACUUGACUCUGUGCUCAAUGGCAUCAAGUACACCAAAAGCUCUUUGUGGACUUUACUUCAUAUGUGGUUGGAGGAGUUCACCGAGGAUUUCAGAGAUCCUCCCAUGCAUUCAUCUCUGCGUCUCAUGAGCUUACAGCUCAGGAGAUACACCGCUCUCUUCCCAUUGGCUAAACGCUUUGAAGCGCUCCUUAAGAAAUUUCAGGAUGAAGAUCUUUUGGCUUGUGGAUCGGCUGAUCAUAUAAAAGAACCGGAUCUGGAUUUGGAUCAUUCAGCCAGUCUGGCAGAUUUUAUGGACUUCUCCAUCAUGGAUGUGGCUGAGCAGUUCACUCGUAUGGAUGCUGAGCUGUUUAUAAAGGUGAUUCCCUUCCAAUGUCUGGGCUGUGUGUGGUCUCAACGAGACAAGAAUGAGAAUCUCUCUCCUACUAUUUGGGCCACCAUUGGCCAGUUCAAUGCCAUUACCAACCGGGUCAUCACUUCUCUGCUUUGCCCCUUGUCCAACUUAGUACCGCCCCCCAGCCCCACCUCUGCAACCUUACAAAGAGCAAAAGUUAUCGAAAAAUGGGUUCGAGUAGCACAGGGGUGCAGAGACCUUAAGAACUUCUCUUCGCUCAAGGCCAUUUUGUCGGCCCUUCAGUCCAAUCCCAUCUACAGAUUGAAGAAGACCUGGGCUGCUGUGAGCAGAGAAACAAUGUCUGUCUUUGAGAACCUGUGUGAAACAUUCCCGGAUGAGAACUGUGUCCUGACCGGCAGAGAAAUCUUUGAAGACGAUGGCAGCCAACCUGAUCUGGAAACUUCCACAAAAACAUCUAAGCGAUGCCACCUUACAAGACAGACGAGUUUAGCUGGAGGGACGGUACCGUACCUGGGGACGUACCUCACAGCCCUGACCAUGCUGGACACCGCCCUUCCAGACAUUGUGGAGGGUGACCUCAUUAAUUUUGAAAAGAGGCGAAGGGAGUAUGAGAUUUUAAAGCAGAUCCGUCAGUUGCAGGCCUCGUGUUCUCAGUAUGCUUUAGGCCAUCAUCCUCAGAUUGCUGCCUGGAUACAAAACCAGACGCUUCUCACGGAUCAGGAGAGCUAUGAACUUUCCAGACAGCUGGAGACUCCUCACGACUCUUCUCCAUCUACCAGCAAUGUCUGGAGUCACCGAGCUCUCUCCAAGAAGCUCUCGUCGCUCUUGUCAGGGAAUGAUGGAUCUAAAAAGAACGCAGACCAGAUCAGUGUGUCUUCCUCUGGAUCCAGCAGCUCUGAGCUAGAGGAGAUAUCUGCUUCUCAAGGCUUGGCGCUCAUGACAGCGUCUCUUUCCAGUUGUGGUCAGAACCGGACCGAGGCCUUUCCCUCCUUUUCUAUAUCUAGUUCCUCCUCCAGUUCACAACAGGAUCUCAGCCUCAAUUCAUCCUCCUCAUCCUCAGCAUCACCUGAAUCUCACCCGGGCUCCGGUCACAAGCGCUCAGUAUCUAUGAGCCAUCUGGCUUUCUACAAUAGGCAGGUGGAUGACUCCUGCAUCAUACGGGUCAGCGUGGACUUCUGCGACAAUGGAAACAUGUACAAGAGCAUCUUGUUGACAAGUCAAGAUAAAACAGCUCAGGUGAUCCAGAGAGCUUUACAGAAACAUAACCUGGAGGAUAUUAUUGAGCAGGACUUCACCCUCGUACAGCUUUUGGCCCAAGGCAAAGAGUUGCAUAUUCCAGAAAAGGCUAAUGUAUUUUAUGCCAUGUCAACAUCGGCGAACUACGACUUUGUUCUGCGGCGAUGCUUGAAAGGAGAGAGAAAACAUCUGACCCGGUCUGUGUCACUGUCAUCGGGACGAGCCGGAGCCAUAAAAUGACCAAUGCUUGAGAACAGCAUGAAAAACUUGUCAACCAAGACGUUUCUUGGACACAAACUUGGACAGAUGCAUUGAGUUAUUUAAAGAAAAAGACUUUUUGUUUCAUUGUAUAUGUUAAGUUAUGUUAAGCCAUUGUGCUUAUGAUGUAUUUCCGAAAAAUCUGGAUAUUCAAUAACACACACAAAAAGUAGGGCAGAACCUUAUUUGACCUAUUGGGAAUUAAUCUGAUGGUAAAAAGUGAUGUCCAUAUGACGGGUGUUAGGGGUAAGAGGGCUUGGUGACAUCAUCUGGAAGGUUUCAGAGGUAUUCCAGGUUCAUGUGUUCUUCAUUAACAUACUUAAAAAGAUUUUAGGUGAAAAGCACACUGUAGACAAUACAAGAUCAACUCUCAGAUAUAUGAUAAUCUACUUAUUUUGUGUUGAAACACAAUCAGACACCUAGAGGCCUGUGAUGAAAGGUCAGUUAUAACAAAGUUUGUGUGAUGAAGAAAAAUGGUGUAAAGAUAUAUGAUCAGUUUACAGUGUUCCUUUUAAUUGUGUUAUGAUGAAUGUGUGUGUUUGUGUAUGUUUAUGUGUGUCUGGAUACUCCCAUAGGGUAAAGUCACAUUUCAAAGACACUGUUUCAUGCUAUUGCUUCAUUGCUCUUUUACUGUCACAUGUGACAUCAAUGUUUUUUUAAAACCUGCAUUUUGUUGGAUUGUUAUGUGAGGUGGUGUGAUAAUAUUGCUGUACAUAUGAUGGAUAUUUUCACAAAAACUCUUUAUAUCCUUAUUUAUCUGCCUGGAAUUCAAUAAUCUCACUUUUCUUUUAGAGACUAAAAUGUAAAAGAUACAUAUUAUUAUUAUUAUGUAGAUAUGUAGAUUUUAGUAAUACAGAUUUCAUAUUUUGUUAUAUUGUAAAUGUCCGAUAGAGCAGCAAUAUGAUAUAGUUUGCAUUUGAGUUUUGUUGCACCCAGUGUACUCAAAACACUGCAGCAUUUCAUUGAUGGCGAUACAUGGCA